AUGCUUCAUCUACUAACAUCGAUGCGCUUAAAUACGAGGGUUUCCAACAGAUCAUUAGCAGUUUAUAGGGGCCUCGAUAGCAAAAAGCUGCUUUCUCAAAGCUUCUGGAACAUUUCAACCCCAUACACAAGGACCAAUAAACAGGAAACCCCCAUAGACUCCGACACCACUCUAAGUCCUAGAGCAUCGGAGUAUCCUAAGCUGCUAGCCUUCAUUGAUGGUGAUACUGUCAAUGAGCAGCAAGAUCUAGGUCUUCGUCACCGAGAGCUGGCUCAGAGCUUCAGGGAUACUCCGAUAUUCACGGCUGCUGUCGAUAAAUUCGUCCACUCAGAGUUACCGCCGAGCCAACAGAACUCGAAUUUGGUUCCCCAAUAUGGAUUGAUUGGUACUCGUCGAGACGGUAGAGCCGUGACCUCUUUAGAGGAUGGCCUCGUCAUUGGUAAUGGCAAUAUUCCUUGGUCUGCCUUUAUUUGUGGCUCCCAAGGAGCAGGGAAGAGCCACACAUUAUCCUGCCUCCUAGAAAAUGCCCUUGUUGCUCAGAAUAAUGCCGGUGCUCUUCCCUACCCACUAGCAGGCAUGGUUAUGCACUACGACAGUCACGCAAACUACAACACAGCCCAGGUGUGCGAGGCGGCUUAUUUAUGUUCCGCAGGUAUUCCAGUAACCGUCCUCGUUUCGCCAUCCAACAUCUGGGCGAUGAAGCGCUUGUAUAGCAAUCUGCCAGGCUUAGCUCCGGACAGCCCAAAGCCGAAAGUUGUGCCCCUUUAUCUCGAAGAACACCAGUUGGAUGCCUCGAGAAUCCUAAAGCUCAUGGCUGUUGACCCUACGGCUGACAAAACCCCACUAUAUAUGGAGAUUGUGAUGGACAUCGUUCGUGAGAUAGCCAUGGAAGGAUCGGCUUUCACCUAUUCGAGAUUUCGGAAACGUAUUGAUGAUAUGCCGUGGAUGGAUGGACAAAAGAUACCUCUAAACCUCCGUCUUCAGCUAUUGGAUAGCUUCAUGGCACCCUCACCGAUGACAAAGUCGACCCGGCCAGCGCGGUCAUCGGAGGAUAUUUGGGCCUUUGAGCCAGGCUCUUUAACUAUCGUUGAUCUGAGCGACCCUUUUAUCAGUUCAGAUGAAGCAUGUACGCUAUUCUCGAUCUGUCUCUCUAUAUUUCUCGAGGAGCGGAAUAAAUGCGGGCGUAUUGUAGCGAUGGAUGAGGCUCAUAAGUUUCUAGCGCAAUCUGGCGAGGCGCUUGUCCUUACCAAUGAGUUAGUCUCGGUUAUCCGCCAGCAAAGGCAUACUGGGACACGCGUGGUAAUUGCUACGCAGGAGCCUACGCUAUCGCCUAAGCUUAUCGACUUGGCUAAUGCGACAUUUGUUCACCGAUUCCUCUCCCCGAGCUGGUAUGAGGUCCUCAAAAAUCAUCUCGCCGGAGCUAACAGGCAGGACCCUGGGAGCAAUAAUUCACUUUUUCGCACAAUAGUCGGCCUCCGAACGGGGCAGGCGCUUCUAUUCUGCCCGACGGCGCGGAUGGAUGUGGAUGACGAGGCGCCUGGUGGCACCAAGUGGAUAAAACCUCUCAAUGACAGCUACAUCAAUAUCCAAAUCCGCAGGCGCUUGACUGCUGAUGGGGGCAAGAGUAUCACGGCUACGAGCGCAUCUGAAAGCCCUAAGACAUGGGUGGACAUUGACGUCCCUAUGCACAUUGUAGAGCCGAUGACAAAAGACGACAAGAAAGGGAAGAAGAAGAAGAGUGGAUCUAAGACAUUAGAGAAGCUAAAUGAACUAGCCAGUUGGAGUAUCAACAAUGCAGAUGAAAAUAUAACUCACAACAGCCAGGAAGUCGCAGAUGAAGAAGUAAUAGAAAUCGACAACGAGUUCGGGGGCAUCCCCCAGUCCAUAAUCGAAGUAGUAAAACAACAUGCCUCUUACAUGGUCCGGAAGCAUGGUUGGAUUGCAUUUUCAUCUUCAACGAAGAAGGCGAAGAAAACGUUCUUGACUGGUUUAGAAAAAAAGCUCAACAUGCCGCCUGGGGCGAUUACGGGGGAUUGCGAUUUUAUACACUGUAUAGCUGAAAUUGCCGAUAUACAUACAAUGGAACUUUGCCAAGCCGAGAAAAAGAAGAAGGAUGCGAAGGCAAAAGCAAAGGCUGAGGAGAAAAAGAAGAAGGAGAAAAAGGAGAAAAAGGAGAAGGAGAAGAAAGAGAAAAAGAAGAAGAGGGAAGAAAGGAAGAAGGAAAAGGAGGAGAAGGAGGAGAAGGAGGGAAAUGAAGAAAAGGGGGAGAAGGAGGAGAAAGAGGAGAUGGAAGAGAAGGAAGAAAAGGAGGAGAAGGAAGAGAAGGAGGAAAAGAAAGAGGAGAUGGAAGAGAAGGAAGAGAAGGAGGAAAAGAAAGAGGAGAUGGAAGAGAAGGAAGAGGAGAAGGAGAAAGAGGAGAAGGAAGAGAAGGAGGGAAAGAAGGAGAAGGAGGAAAAGAAAGAGGAGAUGGAAGAGAAGGAAGAGAAGGAGGAGAAGGAGGAAAAGGGGAGUGAAGCGGAUAAUGGAAAAACAAACGAAUAA